GUCGUGCAAUGCAACAGCCAGCCAGCACAAGCUCAAGGAGCCUACUCCAGCGUUUGAGAGGACAACGGUCGACCGACGACGCACGAUGGCGCCGAGCACCGUCCCGCGCGCGCUCCUGGCCGUGUCCCUCGUUCUCCUGGUGGUCGGCGGCCUCGGGCCGGCGGCGGAGGCGCAGCGGCCGGGGGGGUGCGUGCCGCAGCUGAACCGGCUGCUGGCGUGCCGCGCGUACCUGGUGCCCGGCGCCGCCGACCCCAGCGCCGACUGCUGCAGCGCGCUGAGCUCCAUCUCGCGCGACUGCGCGUGCAGCACCAUGGGCAUCAUCAACAGCAUCCCCUCCCGCUGCAACAUUGGACAAGUCAACUGCUGUUGGGAGGGCCAGGUCACCGAGGUGACCAUGAGUCCAUAA